AUGGGAUUUCACGCUAAACAAUUACUUCCUAACCCAACACAGGAAGCUCUUCUAGAACUUUGCGUUGUAGAUGCGUCUUUAAUGGAUAGAUUUUCUUCAUUGAUCUCAGGAUUCUACAUAAUAUUUGGUAUUGUUGGAGGGAUCUCGAUACUAUUUGAAGAACCAUGUACAUAUGAUGAAUCAUAUCAGGAUUGGCCAUUUAUAUCAAUGUUAUUCAUUUGGACAUUGCCUGUAAUUUAUUAUAGAGCACUUUAUGGAAAUGUGGUAUUCAAAUUACCAAGUGAAAUGAAU